AUGGACGACGAGCUCAAAGGACUUUCGCUAUACGAACAAAAAUGCAUAUUAAUCAACCGAGAGAUGGACUCGAAUGGCAUGGGUCGCUACCAAUGGAGCAUCUGGCUUCUUUGCGGAUUCGGCUACUUUAUCGAUUUGCUCUGGGCGCAAGCAUUCGGUCUUGUGUUGGGUCCACUGGAGCAAGAGUUGGGUUUCCCUGCCAGCCAAUCUGGAAAUAUCUCUACUGCCUUCUCUGCAGGAUUGACCGCUGGAGCCUUCACCUGGGGCGUUCUAGUCGACAUCAUUGGCCGUCAGUGGGCAUUCAACUUGACCUGUCUAAUAUCUGCUUCCUUCGGUCUCGGCUUGGGUGGCUGUGAUAGCUACACAUCGUUCCUCGUCGUCACAGCCUUUUGUGGUUUCGGAAUUGGAGGCAACAUUCCUAUCGAUACGACUAUCUGCCUGGAGUUUCUCCCUCAGAAUCGCCGCUUCCUACUCGUCCUGCUCUCACUAUUCCAACCCAUUGGUGUCGUCAUCUGCAGCGUGAUUGCAUAUGGCUUUAUUCCUUCGUACAGCUGUUCGCCGAACUUCGUUGAGCCUAAUCCUGCGCCUUCAUGCAAGAACGUACCGGCCGGGACACCUUGUUGUACAAGAGAAAGCAAUAUGGGUUGGCGAUACCUCAUGUUCACCCUGGGUGCCAUCACACUCUUCAUAUUCUUCCUACGCUUCGUCGUCUUCAGAUUCCAGGAAUCGCCCAAGUUCUUGGUUUACAGAGGCCAGGAUGAGAAGGCUGUUCAAGUGCUGCAACACAUUGCAAAAUACAACAAGCGCGAGUCUGCACUUACCUUGGAUGACUUUUUUACGCUUCGCGUUGAGCCUGGCGUCCACAGUACCGCUGGUAUGCUCGGCUCUGGUGAUCAGCAGAAACAUCUGUCGAUUCUCGGCAAGGUCAAGCUUGAAUUCAAACGUUAUCGUAUGCUCUUCGCCACGAGAUGGAUGUCCUAUCUGACUAUUCUCGUUUGGCUUACUUAUAUCAUGGACUUCUGGGGCUUCACUCUAGCAGGAGGAUACCUUCCUAGAAUCAUCGCCGCAAAGAAUGUCGAGAUCAGCCGUGGCCUGAAGUACACGUACCGCUCUUACGUCUACAUCUAUCUACCUGGUAUUGUUGGUGUUCUUUUAGGUGGCGCGAUGUACAAAUUUCCGGCUUUCGGACGCAAAUGGACAAUGGUGAUAUCGUCUGCACUCAUGGGUGUCAGUAUCUUCCUCUUCAGCGCGGCCAACAGCGAAGCUUCAAACAUAGGACUCAAUGUCAUGGAAUACUUCUUCCAGAGCAUGUUCAACGCCGUACUCUAUGGCUGGACCCCCGAGCAAUUCCCGGCGCCUAUCAGAGGCACUGCGUGCGGUAUCGCGGCAUUCUGGGGUCGCCUCUUCGGUAUUGUUGCUCCUCAGAUUGCUCAGAAUCUCUUGCCAUCGACCACGGAGCCGACUGCGGACGACUAUGCCAAAGUUCUGUAUCUUGCCGGUGGCAUUACUUUAGGCUGUGUCGUCACCACCGCAUUAUUGCCCAUCAGGAUGCUCAACAGGCAGAGUAUGUGA